AAGUGAAGGAGCCAAUAGGACCGUGCUACAUGUCAAACUGAUGCAGCAUGCCCAUAAAAUAAAAGCCUAUAAAAGUGUCACAUCACUUUAAUCUGAUUGGUCAAAGGAAGUCCAUAUUCAUCAUGACUGUUUCUUUCCUACAACUACAAAUACAGACCUCAUAAUUUAGAAAAAGGAUCCCAGAUCUCUAACAAGUAGUAAGAGAAAACUCGUGGAUCAAACCCGCAAUUUCUCUAAAAAGCUCAAGCAUUCAAGAUCAAGUCUCUCAAAUCAACAAAUCAAGUUCAAAUUAAGAUCAAGCUCUCAAAUCAACAAAUCAAGUUCAAAUUCAAGAUCAAGCUUUAAACCCUUGAAUUUAUAUUUGAAAAGACAACCGCAAUAUUCAAGAACAAGCUCCAAAGCCCUUGAAUUUAACCGCAAUAUUCAAGAACAAGCUCCAAAGCCCUUGAAUUUAAGCAUAAGUCAAGAUCAAGUCUCUCAAAUCAACAAAUCAAGUUCAAAUUCAAGAUUAAACUUUAAGCCCUUGAAUUUAUAUUUGAAAAGGUGAAUCAGAGAAUCCAUAAAGAAUGUAACACUCGCAUUAAAAUCAAUAAAUUAAUUAUUGCAACAUAUUUUCAUGUCUCGAUUAUUUAUUUUCGGUCUCUAGAAUUUUAUUGUCCAACAUUGCGUAUAAUAAAUCCCUCUAAUUCGUUCCUUACUUGAAUUUCACGCAUAGCAAAAAAUCCCUCUAAUUCAUUCCUUAUUUGAAUUUCGCGCAUAGGAGAAGCUUUAAUGCACGAUUUUUUUCCUCUUUAUACUAGAUAUUAAUAUUAAAUCUAUCACAUCAAUAUUUCUUUGAUUCUGAAAAGAGAAUUACUACACUUCUUUAAGGAAAAAAAAAAAAAAAAGCCAAGAUGAAAUAUAGCAGAGACAGGAUAGGGUCACCAGGAGGCCGCGUCCUGUACGGCUCAACUCCCACUAUAAUAAUAACCCUCUUCAUUCUAAUGGCGACUCGUUUAUCCCUUUCUCGUUCUGCUCAUUUUUGCUUUAAGCACACUUGUCCUCUUUCCCGUCCAUUCACCAGCAAAAACCUACUUCAGUGCCGUAUUUGCCCUCUUUGGUCUUCCUCUUUCUCUCUCUGUCUUCACACUUUCCGUAAGUCUACUUCUCCGAACAAUCACCCUAGUAAAUCGGUUACCGUCCGAUCAUUUUGUCCGUCGCCGGUUUCCAUUUCCGAUAGUUAUUUUAAAAUGUCGAUUGCUUCCGAUGACAAUCCUUUGUUGAAAGACUUCGAAUUCCCACCGUUCAAUGUAAUCGAAGCCAAGCACGUUCGUCCUGGAAUCCGUGCUUUGCUUAAGCAAGCCGAAGAAGAUUUGGAGGUUUUGGAGAAGACGGUGGAGCCUACGUGGCCGAAGCUGGUGGAGCCGUUGGAGAAGAUAAUUGAUAGAUUGACGGUUGUUUGGGGUGCGGUGAAUCAUCUCAAGUCUGUUAAAGAUAAUCCUGAACUUCGUUCCGCUAUUGAAGAAGUUCAGCCGGAAAAAGUUGCCUUUUACCUUAAGUUGGGUCAAAGCAAGCCAAUCUAUAAUGCAUUCAAAGCCAUCCGAGAGUCGCCUGACUGGGAUUCUUUGAGUGAUGCUCGUAAACGAAUAGUUGAAUCGCAAAUAAAGGAGGCUGUACUAAGUGGGAUCGCUCUUGAGGAUGAUAAAAGAGAGCAAUUUAACAAGAUUGAACAGGAAUUAGCAAAGCUAUCUCAGAAAUUUGAGGAAAAUGUUUUAGAUUCCACCAAGAAGUUCGAAAAAUUAAUAACAGAUAAGAAGGAUAUUGAUGGAUUGCCUGCCACAGCUCUUGGUUUGGCUGCACAGACAGCAGUGUCUAAGGGGCAUGAGAAGGCUACUGCAGAAGAUGGGCCAUGGAUUAUCACAUUGGAUGCACCAAGUUAUAUGUCUGUGAUGCAACAUGCAAAAAAUAGAACUCUAAGAGAAGAGGUGUACCGUGCUUAUAUAAACCGUGCUUCUAGUGGAGACCUUGAUAACACUGAGAUAAUUAACCAAAUUCUUAAGCUUAGAUUGGAAAAGGCUAAGCUCCUUGGAUACAGUAACUAUGCUCAGGUAAGCAUGGCGAUGAAAAUGGCCACUGUUGAAAAAGCUGAAGAGCUUUUAGAAAAGCUUCGCAGUGCUUCUUGGGAUCCUGCUGUCAAAGAUUUGGAAGACCUGAAAGAUUUUUGUAAAAGUCAAGGUUCUCCAGAAGCUGAUGAUCUGAACCAUUGGGAUAUUACUUUCUGGAGUGAGAGGCUUCGUGAAUCUAAGUAUGAGCUGAACGAGGAAGAACUACGCCCAUACUUUUCAUUGCCUAGAGUUAUGAAUGGUCUUUUUAACCUUGUAAACAUGCUGUUUGGUAUCAAUGUCGAGCCUGCUGAUGGAUUAGCUCCGGUUUGGAACAACGAUGUCCGGUUUUACCGCGUGAAUGAUUCCUCUGGAAGUCCCAUCGCCUACUUUUAUUUUGAUCCAUACUCUCGUCCAUCUGAGAAACGUGGAGGUGCAUGGAUGGAUGAAGUUGUUAGCCGAAGCCGUGUAUUAUCACGAGAUGGUGCAAAUGCUAGAUUGCCUGUUGCGCACAUGGUUUGUAAUCAAAUGCCACCAGUUGGGGAUAAGCCCAGCCUGAUGACAUUCCGUGAGGUUGAGACUGUCUUCCAUGAAUUUGGACACGCCCUUCAGCAUAUGCUGACUAAGCAGGAUGAGGGUUUGGUUGCUGGUAUAAGGGGCGUAGAGUGGGAUGCUGUGGAAUUACCAUCACAAUUCAUGGAAAAUUGGUGCUAUCACAGGGAUACUCUGAUGGGUAUUGCUAAGCAUUAUGAAACUGGAGAGACUCUCCCAGAAGACAUAUACCAGAAGCUUCUUGCAGCUAAGACUUUCCGUGCUGGGACCUUGAGUCUUCGGCAGUUGAGAUUUGCAACUGUUGAUCUUGAGCUACAUGCAAAAUAUGUUCCGGGUGGUUCCGAAUCAAUCUAUUGUGUCGACCGACGGGUCUCGAAGAGAACUCAGGUGCUUCCUCCACUCCCAGACGAUAAGUUCCUUGCGAGUUUCAGUCACAUUUUUGCUGGUGGAUAUGCUGCUGGAUACUACAGUUACAAGUGGGCAGAGGUUUUGUCUGCAGAUGCUUUCUCUGCUUUUGAGGAUGUUGGACUAGAGAAUGAGAAGGCUGUAAAAGAAACAGGCCAGAGAUUCAGGGAGACCGUUCUUGCUCUUGGAGGUGGAAAGGCUCCACUAGAGGUGUCACUGUUUUCGUGCAGUUUAGAGGCCGGGAACCUUCUCCUGAACCACUGCUUAGGCAUAAUGGCCUACUGCCAGUUACCUCCUCUGCAUGAGAUCAUUACAGAAACUUCUGCAAUCGUAGUGCCCCAUUUUAAAGGCCAUUAGAGACCCUUGCAUGCUUUCAGGUUUUUGAAGAGACUUGACUUCCAGAUGCAACUGUAAUUGUUUAACAGCAUUGUUCCUGAUUUACUGGUUAUAAAUGGGUCUCUUGUUUCUCUGUCUCUUGCGCACAUCCCUAUAUGCGAUUUUGAUCAUAUGACAAAUUGCUAGUUGAAGGGUUGUGUUUGCUUAAUUUACCGUGAAAUCACAAUGGUAGUACUUUUUCUCUUCC